UUUUUUUUUUUUUGUCCCUUCAUUAUUUCCCGACGAAUCUCUGGGUCGCGGAAUCGAAUCUGCCGGAGAAAAUGACGACAAGUAUUCACAUCACAGCUCUCGACGGAAUCGUCAACGUGAAUUCUCUCUUCACCCUCGCCGUCUUCAUCGGAUUAGCUUGGAACCCUACGGACCCUUCCAACAGCCUCGUAACCGAUCCGAAUUGCAACCCGACGGCUCGUAUGGCGGAGAAUCUCGUCGCCUUCCAUGUCUACUCCUUCGCGUCCUUCCUAUUUUCAAGCCUCAUCGCUCUAGGUCUCAAGCAAGCCAUGAGGCUCAACAUAGCCGCUUCGUUUCACUUCUCCUCCCGGAUCGAUCCGGUGGUGUAUUACGUCAACAAGACGGCUCUCAGAUUCGGGAUGGUUAUCUCCGGUUUGGGUUCGGUUUGCGGAUGUGGGUUCCUUAUGUUGGCUUUGAUCAACGUUGUUCAGAUCAAGCUCGGGACUUUUGGUUGUGGUGCUAGUGGCCAUACUUAUGCAGCCGUUGUGCCGCUCCUGAUCCUGGUCCCUUCUGCACUUUUCAUCUAUGUUUCUCUUAUGCUCUAUGCUUUUACUCGCUAGAACAUGGUCUUGUUCCAUGAUUGAUGCGAAUAGGAACAUGUUUUGUAUACUAAACGUGGUGAUUCCGAUGUUAUGAUAUGACUCAGAAUGAUUCCUAUGCUGAUUCCGAGAUAUGGUUCUUGUUAAA